UGUAAAAACCUAAUGAAAUUUAAAUUUAAAGAUGUGGAAUUUUGAAUUCGAAUUGUUUACAAGAUAAUUUAUUUUAUUUCUUUAAAUGUUUCUGUCAAAACCAUUUUCGAUCAGAAAAGGUGAAAAAUUUAUUAAUUUCUUCGUUUCCGUUUCCUAAUUGCUGGAUAUUUUUAAUUGUAUCUGCUUUGGCCGUUAGAGCACUAGUCACGUGAAUAAAUGGGCCGCCCAACGGUCGAAUUGCAUCCGAGGAAAAGCCAGAACCCCACAGAGAGAGGGAGCAAUGGCGCCCAGGAAAUCGUCAAACAGCAAAUCAAAGUGGAAGAGAAAGCCGCGGCAGACCGAAACCCAAAUACCUGCACCGCAUCAAGUAGAAGAAGCAGAGGAAGUUGACGGAAAGGGAAACAUCGAAGAAGAUGACAAUGGAGGAAAUAGAUUCUAUGCUUGUUACCUACUCACUUCCCUCUCUCCUCGUUCCAAAAACUUCACUUAUAUCGGGAUCAUUUACAGUUAAUCCACGUCGUAGAAUCAGGCAGCACAAUGGGGAAAUCAAGUGUGGGGCGUUCAGGACAAAGGGAAAACGCCCCUUGGCAAUGAUGUUCUGCAUCUAUGGCUUCCCAACUCAAGUCUCUGCUCUCCAGUUUGAGUGGGCGUGGCAGCAUCCAAGGGAAUCGAAAGCCGUUAGGGAGGCCGCGUUGAGUUUCAAAUCCUUCUCUGGAGUGGCUAAUAAUAUCAAACUUGCCUACACUAUGCUUGGCCUUCCUCCUUGGCAGAGAUUGAACUUGACUGUAAACUAUUUCUCGACCAAGUACGAAAAUUGUUCCCCUGGUUUGCCUAGUCUGCCACAGCAUAUGAAGGUCCAAGUUUGUCCCAUGGACGACCUCCCUUGCUACACUGGAACAUUUGAUGACGGUUUGCUAGACGACGGUGAAGAUGGAGGGGAGAAUCGCUUUGGUGACGACAAUGCGUGGGAGAAUGUCAGUGACUUGAGUCGAAUUGCAGAGGAGAAUGUGGUUGAAAGUGAGGAAGGCGGAAAAGGGCAGAGUUCAUUUGGAGGCAAAGAACGAUUGGGAAAUGGUGAAGAUGAUGAAGAAUCAGAUGCAAGAAGCGAUAUGUGUGGAAAUGAGGUAGAAAGCUCCACGGAUGAUGCAGUAGCUCAUCACAUUGCCGUCGACUAUGCAGGUAGCAUUGACAUUGGUCACAAAGAAAACUGGGGAUGGUACGAUGAAGAGCCUGACUGGAGACACACAAGCUUUUCCCCUGACUCAGAACUAGAUCAUCAUAUGGAUACUUCCAACUUCGAAAGUAUUUCCGGAAGAAGAAUUGCUCCUGUUCUUAGAGAUAUGGGAGAUGGGAAUGUGUUGGUGGUGAUAGAUGAUGGGAGUGAUUCAAAACUGGGAUCCAUUAAAAGGAAAGAAUCAACCAGUAGUGCUGUUGCUGGCGGAAACGCAGCAGCAGCUAUCCGCAGUUGUGGUCGUCAAAUUGAGGUCAUAGAUCUGUUGUCCCCAUCUCCAGAAUGCACAAUGUGGCCAUUCAGCAAGAGGUCAAGAUUUUCUGGUGCUGUUUCUCCCAAAUUCAUCGACUUGACUUGACAUUAGCAAGAUCCACAGUUUUGUCCAACGAUUUGGUUGGACUGAUAAUAAGCAAUUUUCGAAUUG